AAACACUGUAAACAUUUUGCGUGAAUGAAUGACACAUAUUCUUGACGGAAUCUGAAACUCAAAAUAAAAUUUAAUAAUGGUGGAUCGUUUGGUAAAUAGUGAGGCAAAUGCAAGAAGAAUUGCUAUGGUGGAGAACUGCUUCGGCAGUUCGGGACAGCCAUUGGCAGAACAGGGCAGAGUGCUUGUGGGAGAGGGUGUCUUAACCAAAAUGUGCAGGAAGAAACCGAAAGCUCGUCAGUUCUUCCUUUUCAAUGACAUUCUGGUCUAUGGAAACAUUGUUAUAAACAAGAAGAAAUGCAACAAGCAACAUGUCAUUCCACUAGAAGAAGUGAAACUGGAAGCUUUAAAGGAUGAUGGACAAUACCGCAACGGCUGGCUUAUCCGCACGGCGUCCAAGUCGUUCGCGGUGUACGCUGCCACGGCUACCGAGAAGGAAGAAUGGAUGGCGCAUAUAGAGAAAUGCAUAGAGGACUUGCUCAGGAAAAGCGGAAAGCAGCCACCAUCUGAGCACGCCGCAGUGUGGGUGCCCGACAAUGAGGCCUCCAUCUGCAUGCACUGCAAGAAGACACAGUUCACUGUCCUCAACAGGAGACAUCAUUGUCGCAAAUGCGGCUCUGUGGUGUGCGGGCCGUGCUCGUCCAAGCGGUUCGUACUUCGCGGUCAGAGCGAGAAGCCGCUCCGCGUGUGCCUGCAGUGCUACGACGAGCUGACUAGGGAACGGGCCCGUCCCAACCAGCCUAACCAGCCUGCUAACACGCCCGUGAAGCCGUCGUCGGACAACGCCGGAUCGGGCGGCGACUCGUCGGCCGACGACGACAGCGACGACGACGACGACCGCACCGAGGAGAAGCACGACGAGGGUUUUACAAGUUAUAACGGUGUCAAAAAUGGAUUUGGCAGUAAAGUCACAACAGUAUAGUACAAAUUCAGAUUGACCAAAAUUCUAUGGUGAUGGUGAUAAGACUGAAGAGACCAACAACCAUUCGUCCAAGGAUUCCGCCAAGUGAGCAGAUGUUAGAAAUAGCUCCGAACUUGUCUUACCAGAACUUUUAACCCUUUUACCAACAAAGACGUCAACAGAUGCGCGUGGCUACGGUCCAAUCGUCACUUCAAAUGAUCGCCGUUCUUUAUAAAAACCAUCUUGAUUUUAUUAUAAAAGUUUUGGUAAGAUAAAUAGUAAAUAAUCUAUUUAGUAGCGUCCGAAGUCCCUAUUAUUUAAGAAUGCUGGUUUCUUUAUAGGGCGCCUAAAAUAGGAUUAUUUAACCUUCAGGAGCAAAAGUAAAAUAUUUACAUGUCUUAUGAAUAGGAUUCAGCGAAAGCUGUUUUCUUUUAUUUAUUUAUUUUAACUGGUGGAAUUAAUUGAUGGAAUUAAUCCAUAUCAUUUUUGUAACCACAUUUGUUAAUUUUAUUAUUUUCUUAUACUGUUAGAUGUGUACAAAAUUUGAUAAAGACUGCACGUUAUGUGUGCGCUCAGAAUUCCUUAGAUAAAUUGAAUUAACACGUUCACUGUCCCACAUUGAAUUGUUAACCCGUUUGUAAUACUAGCCGUUACCGUUACGUGGUGACAUUGGGCAGUGAACAUGUUAAAUGAUGUCACAGCAUUGAGUAGUAAUAACAUUGUUAUAGUACUAAAAACAAUAAAUUCAUACCUAAUGAAUAUUUGGAAGUUUAGUUCAUGUAUUUUUUCUAUUUUCUAAAUACAUGUUUUGAUCUUAUUUAUAUUCAUUAGUACAACUUCUAAUUACACCUAUAAAUUCCAGUAUUUUUUUUUUAUUACUAUCUGUUUUAUAAUAUUUGCGAGUAAUUGUUCGGCCGACGCAAACGGCCGACGGCCGUAGGACAAAGUUCACGUCA